UUAAGCUGGACCGCAACGUUUUGUUUUAUGUAGCAGACAGAUAUGUUGCAGACGACUAGAAGUACAGAUUUAAACGCUAUACAAAACGAAGUGACUUUGUGUACUAAAGCGGACAGUGGGUUUGUAGUGGCGAUGAUAGAUAGUAAAACUCCAGAAUGAGUCUUGAUAGUUUAUAAACCAUAUUUCAAUUUGUGUUUAUUUCGAAGCUAUGAAAUGUAUACUGAUAUUUGAUCAUUUAAAUGAUGUAUUGUAUGCCAAGUACAACAAGAAAUUUUCGAAACAUGCCAGAAAAUUAAGUCGAGAACAAGGGUUUAUAUCGGAUGGAAGGGAUGAUGAUGAGCUUAGCUCAAAUUUUCUGAUACAGCAUUUUUCUCCAAUUGUCACUUCCCAGCAGCUCAUGAAUUGUCAGUUUGGCAAUUCUUACACGUCAGUCCAAUGUAAAGAUGGCACCAAUAUAGUUUUCAAUCAGUACAUGGGGUAUUUGUUUGUUCAAAUUGGCCUAAAUGAUGUAAACUGGCUCCAGCGGACACUUGGGAUUUUCAUUACAGUUGUGAAACAUCUGUGUGGACCAAAUGUUUCUAUACUUAAGAAGAACAAAAGUAAUGCCUUGCUGCUGUCACGUCUUCUUGACACGUGGAUGCAGUUGCAGGACAAUGACCAAGCCUUCCUGCUUGAAGCUAUUGAACAGCUGAUGGUGAACGUUGAUCUUACAGCAGCAUCACUUAAAGCCCUCCAGGAUGCUGUUGACAAACUGAAAACCGUUACAGAAUUUUCACGAAUUCAUGCCAUGCUACUUGUUGAGAACAAAUUUCUCUCUCUGUAUUCCAGCCGAGGUGCACAAGAAUUAUCAGCAGGAGAUAUCAUGUUCUUAAGUUUGAUGUGUGAAGCAUUUUACCUUGCCCCUGCUGAUACCAGCCUUGUUGAGAGCACAGAAAGUGAAGAUGCCGAUGAAUCGAGUGGAGAUGAAUUCUAUAGUCCACAGUCAAGUCCCCAGGGUAGCCCUUUUCAAACGAGGAGGGAAUAUUCAAGGCCCACAGAAGACAGCAGCCAAGUGGAAUUGCAUUCGUCACCCAUCAGAUUUCUGGAUAUCAGUGAGGCUGAUGGUAUUGUCAGUCAGGUAGUGCUUCUGAUGGGCAGUGGCAUAACAUAUAAUCCUCAUGUGGUACAUAUCUGCCCUUUGGAUGAAGGAGUUCAUUUACUACUGAUGUUUGAGAUUGGAAAUGUUAUGGUGUCUUCUGGAUUGUAUGAGGUAUUUCAUUAUCUUAAUGUGCUUCAAAGUGUUCGUUUACAAAGAGAAAUGGAUGAAGUGAAACACACAUUUGAUAAUCUUGAAAGUGGCAUCAAGAAAGUGUUUGAAGGUUUGAAGAAAAUCCGCCACAUAAGACCAGAAGUUGAAAACUGCCAGCGUAAACUUCACUCUAAAUGGGACUUCAUGCGGAAAAAAUAUCUUGAAUACAUAAAAACAACAGACUCUGAAUGCUUGUUGCGGGUUGAAGCAAGUACAGCACCCUUCAUGCAGGAUCUUAAAGAACUGUUGCAGUUGACAUGUUUUGACAACAAAAUGAUCGACAUAGGCAGGGAUGCUGUGCUGGCUGUAGCUAGCACAGUGAAGCAUCGCCUGUCUGAUUUCAGCAGCUUUCUCAAGGUCAAGGCUUUGCGCAACUUUACCCUUGGAUCUAGAGCUUCCCUAACCAUCAACAAGUAUCUGGAGGAAUUUCCAGGUCUCGUACAUUUUCUUUACAUUGAUCGCUUCAAUCACCGCAUCACUGCUCCCAGCCUUGACUUCAAUUCAGAAGAAACAACAUCACUCACCAAGAAGAAGAUAUGGACCAUGGUUGAAUUCAGCAGAGCCCAUUUGCAAGAGGGCCACACAGCUAUUAUGUGGAAGGAUACCACAUUUAAUUAUGCUUACUUUCUGUGGUUUGAAGAUUCUUCGGCAUCGCCAAUGAAACCCAAAGUAUUUCCAACUGCAACAUUGAAGAAUUUUCCAAGGCCAGGGAUCCUCUGUGGAGACUUUUAUCAGAAACUGACAGAAGUCUGCUUCCCCAAGACAUCACUUUCUAAAGUCCAUUGCUAUGAGCUGUAUUGUAUCCAUCUAGGCCUUGCCACCUCAACGUGUGUAUUGGAACAGUCCCGAAGAUUAGCAGCCACAAUCUGGGAAGUAACUGGUAUGCCAAGCAAUCCCAUUGAUUUAUUAUAAACUGUCCAAGAUAUUCUGAUGGGAAGAGUUUGAAUGCAUGGUCUGUGUUGUCAAAUUAGUCUACACAUAAUGAUUGUUGUUCUGCUGAUUCAGGUUUUCAGUCAAGGUUACAAUGAUAAAUGUUAUAGACAGGUGGUUUGGUUGUUUUUCAAUACUACUCAUUUCUUCUUCAUUCAUUUUAACAUUAUAUAGAUUUGGUCUGUGUAUCUGGUGAAAAAUAUUAUAUUAUGUUGAAGGCCUGGAAGAAAUGUAUAGGCUUCUUUUGAAGUCUGCAAUUUGCUACAGAGCUGAAAUCAUGUAAUGUAAAUAAUGAUGAUGAUGAAGUAGGAGUCAAUACAAUCUUUAUGGCUUCUGAUGAAUGGCUUUAUCAUUGUACUAUCUAAUUUAAACAACUGAUGUUUAGGCUUGCUGAUGAAGUCUUCAAGAGUACAUAUUCAUAAUAACACAAAAUGAAUGAAAACUGCAACAUGAAAGUGCGAUUAUAAAGCUGACAUUAACAACUGGGUUUCCUGUUACUGAUUUUUGCAUCGGAGCUCUCAAGUUAAAAUGUUUCAAAGAAUUAAUAUAUUGACAGACUUAACACAUAACUACAAUAUUAGACAGACCCAAUGGGUCUUGAGAUAAAAAUAUUUUUAAAAUUGUGUGAUCAGGAUCUGAGCAUUGCUUCAAGAGAUAUGUUCUGAUUCGCAAUUCUGUGUUACCUUUGCGGUAGAUUAACCACUAUUGUGUUUCAGAUCUUAAUAGCAGAAAAGAAAAUACAUACUUCUGAUACCUGAUAUAUCUUUUGGAGAUACAAAUCAAAACAGUGUCGCUGUAAUAUAUGUCCAAUUUUAUGUUAUGCAUGAUAUCACUUAUUAAAGUUUCCAUUCAAUCUUAAAUACAGCAAUCACUUACCAGCUGUGGAUUUUUACUGUGUCUAGUAGUAUUUCAUUUCACAUAUAUAUGUGAUGUUUAAUUUGUGAAUGCACUGAAAAAAAUCAGUGGCUCCCAUGCCAAUAGAUUUACAUUUGCUGGGUCAGCUGUAAUGGCAUUCAAAAGCAGGUUUCUAACUUCCAGAUUACCACUGCAAUCUUUCUUUGUGGACAGAUUUUCUUUUUAUAUUUUGUAUCUAAUUUAUUUUUAACAUGUUUUUUGUUUUUAGUGAAGGAAGAGGCAAUUUAGGUUUUGAGGAGAAUUAGCAGUAGCCACAAUAUCCAAAGCCUCCAAUUUCCUUUAUCUUACCAAUGAAGGUUUUGUCAACUAUGGUGUUUUUUGGGAUCAUAAUCUCCAUGGUCUCUGAGGGACUACCGUAUUUAAAUAAAUGUAAACCGUGAAUGAUGUAAUUACUAUAGUCCUUUGCAGUUCAGAAGUUUUGUGUCACACAAGGUCAUAAGUAGAAUCCUAUCUACCAAUGGACUUCAAGGAGUUGAAAUGUAAUGUGUUCGGCAAAUAUCAAUGCCACUAACAACUGAAAAUUAUUUGUAGAUGUAAUUACAGCGAUCUGUGCAGUGUAUUGAUUAUGUAAACUCAUACCUUCUUUCUGCUCUUGAAUGAUAAUGGUGUAAAAUGAAUGGUUUGCACAUCUGACUCACUGAUACAGCUUGGAAAGCGUGAUGUAACCAGUUCAUUUGCUUCAGCAAUUAACACAGCAGUCACUCAACUGAAACAGUAGUACAUGAGAUAAUGAAUGUUGUGUGUGCGCACGUGUGCAUGUGUAUAUACAUGUAUUUGUAAAAGGAAGAGGUAAAAAUACCAGCGACAUUAUUAAAUGUAUGUAGUUUUGAGGCAUCAGAAUGCUCAAGUUGUAUCUACAACUUAACUAAAAAUGGUUAAAUGAGGUGGAUAAGCUGGCCAGAUGCUGAGGAGUCUUUCCAUUCUACAGGUUUCAUAUUAAUUGUGAUAUUUUAAGAAUAUGUUUUAGUAUCUUUCUAAAGUCGCUGUAUAUUGUUUAUAAUAAACCUUUGAAGUGAACCUUAGAAAACACGUAACAGAACUCCACACCGAGAUUAGGCUAGAGAAACCACUGUAUAUAUGAAUGUAAGCAGCUUGUCCAUGACUUUUGCACAUAAAGUCAAUGCACAAUGAAGAGGUAAUGUUUCUCCAUCCACAAGUCUUACCACCAGAACUACCUUGCAAAUUCUAAGGCUUCAAGGACUGCACUGAAACUGGCAGCAAGCCACAUACUGGACCUUGUAUAGCCUCUUUAGGCUGUAUUUAUAAAGGCCUUCCACUUUAAAGCUUGUAAUAAAUAAAAAAAUUACACCCAGACAUUCUUACCCUGAGUAAUGGGGGGAAGGGAGGGGUCAAUUUCAUGCUUUGGCUGCUUUGCUCCCCAGGAAUAACCUCACCCCCAAAUACAUAUGGGAUAGGAGGUUGGAUGGCCCCCACAGCCAGCCUGGAUACUGUAGAGAAGAGAAAAAUCUCUUGACCCUGCCUAGAAUUGAGCCCCCAUUCCUCAUUUGUCCAGACCAGAGCCUAGUCACUAUACAUAGUAAUCUACCCAUCAUUUAAUUUUUCCAUGUUCUUAUUGAACCUUAGAAGUUGAACCAGAAGAAGAAGUAGAUACAGACGGGAAAGGACCAUAUAUUUUACAAAGUGAGGUGG